CAAACUGGGCCGUUCCCAGUGAGCUGAUGUUCCCAGGCAGGAUGGCCCUGAGCCCGGCCAGCCUGCUCUGUGCCCCCCCGGAGGAGCUCCAGGAACUCGCCUUCAUCGAGAGGCCGAUCCGCAGGAGCCUGAAGACUCCAGAGGAGAUCGAUCAGCUGACUGUGGAUGAAGACCUGAAUGACAUUGAGAGGGCGGUUUACCUGCUCAGUGUGGGUCAGGAGGUCCAGAGAGCCAGCGUCAUCAGUAACCUGCCCAGCCUGGUACGCCAGAAUCCAGCAGAGACGUUCCGACGUGUCGUUCCAAAAGUUCGGGAGGUUCUGAAUGGAGCUGGAGCUGAAAUCCAGUUGGCAGCAGCAACGUCGUUUUUAACCAUUCUGCAAGAUGACAUCAUUCUUAUCCACACCCACACCUACUCCAUCCUGAAGACCAUCCUGCUGCACCUGAACCACAGAGACACAGUGGUGAGCAACGCCUGGUUGGAGACUCUGCUUUCAGCCAUCAAUGCGCUGCCAAAGGAGACAAUUAGACAGGAGGUCCUGAAUCCUCUCCUGUAUCAGUCCCAGAUGUCUCAUUCUCUUCAGACUCGUUUGGCUAGCUGUCGCAUCUUAGGAAAAGUUGCCUGCAAGUUUGAUUCUCACAUAGUGAAGAAGGAGCUGCUGCCGUUGGUUCGAUCUUUAUGUCAGGACCUGGAGUUUGAGGUUCGAGUCUGUAUGUGCCGUCAACUGGAGAACGUUGCUAGAGCCACGGGGGUGGAAGACAUGAGGACAGAGCUUCUCCCUGAACUGGUGGAACUCGCCGGAGAUGAGGAGAGCAGCGUCCGUCUCGCUGCUUUUGACACCAUGAUCAACCUGAUGGAGAUAAUGGACAGUGACGAGCGACUCCACGUCGUGGUUCCUCUGGUGAUGUCCGUGUGCGAUGCCUCGUCGCAGGUAGACGAAGCCAUCAUGGCGGCCUUGUCGUUCCAGUUCGGGAAGCUGUGCAGCGGCCUGGCAGGUUCCGUGUCAGAUGAGCAGAAAGGUCGCUUACUGCAAAGGUUCAAGGUGCUUUGUGUUGCUGGACUCCAGACUGAAGGAAAUCAGACUGACGGCAACACAGAAUCUACGCUGAUCCGCUGCAACUGCUGCUACAACCUCCCGGCCAUGGUAGUGUUUGCAGACCCUGCACACUUUCUGUCGGAGCUCUAUUCUUCUUUCUCCAGUCUUUGUUGUGACCCAGAGGUCAGCGUCCGGCGAAGUGCUGCAGCCAGUUUCCACCAGGUAGUGAAACUGCUCGGUUCAAAUGUCCAGCUGGUCCACAAAGAGCUUCUGUCUCUGCUGCAGGAUGAUGCUCUGGAGGUUUUGGACGCACUGAUGAAUCACUUUGAAGAAAUUCUUGAGACAGUCCUGUCCAGGGGAGAAAACCUGACACUGGACAACAAGUUCCCAGAGUUGCUGUCGACGUUGCUACUUGCAGAACAGAAGGUCGGAUGUUCUCUGCGUUGGCGGCUCCAUGAGAAGCUGUUGCAGCGUUACAGCUGCCUGGCCAGACUGCUGCCGGGAGAACUCCUGCACCAGAGCUUCUCCCCUCGCAUCUUCAUCAUCCUCACCACCAACAAAGUGUUGCCGGUGCAGAAGGAAGCAGCUCGGACUUUCUGCACAUUCCUGCGGUACAACCGCAAACAAGAGCAGCGUCAGGAGAUGAUGGAACGACUGAUCCAAGAUCUUGCUCAGGGUCGCAGCUAUUGGAACCGCCUGAGGUUCCUUGACGUUUGUGAAACUGCCACCGAGAUUUUCUCCAGAAAAUACUUCAACAAACACUUCCUGAUACCAGCACUGGAACUGGUCCAUGACCCCGUGGCCAAUGUCAGGUACAAAUUGUGCCAGUUGUUGCCCAGGUUACGUUCAUCACUUCGUCUGCCGGCCGACAAACAUCUUCUGCAGAAACUUGACUUCUGUGUCCAGAAGCUUCUCUGCAGGGAGAAGGACAAAGACGUGGUGGCUACAAUUCGCAAGACAGUCCUGGAACUGGACAAACUGGACCUCUCUGAGCCUUUUCACAAGAGGCAGGAGAAGGACCUGUUGGAUCAGAAGAAGGAAAAAGAAGAAACCCUACUCCUAGAGAUGGAACAGCUGGAGCGCCAGCAGAGCGACGCAAAACUGAACUCUGACAAACACGAAAGGAAACGAAGGGACAGUAAAACCAGUCUGUCUGCAACCAAGUCCAUGUCUGUGUCUUCAUCUGCAGCAACCUCCUCCUCAACUGGUAAAGAAAUGAGGAAGGCUAAACUCUCUCGGAGUCGGUCCCUGAGCAGCCAGCCGACAUCGUCCAAACCAUUGAACUCAGACAGACCUCUGAAGGUUAAAGAUCUGAGCUGUUCAUCUGGACCUGGGAAGUCGUCCAUGUUCUCCGGCAAAGAUGAGUCCCUGAGGACAGCACACUUCACCAUGGCGACCCAGUCCUCCUCCCCCUCCUCCCCCAUGCCAGUCCUGAUCCGCAGCAACACCACAAGCCUCCUAGACAGAGCCAGUACCCAUGACCAGAGAGACCACAGAACCAGUGCACUAGACCACAGAACUAAUAGCAUGGACCACAGGAACAAUAAGAUGGAUCACAGGACCAGUACCUUGGACCUGCGCAGUAAAACAAUGGACCGGGGGUGCGGAGUGAAGGACAACCAGUCCAGGAAGCUGUCUAUAAGCAGGAAGUCAAACUCCUUCAGCAUCCAGUCGGGACAAGACUGAAGAUCACGAUGUUAUCACACCUCCACCAGGUCAUCAUCCAAUCAGCAGCCAGGGUUUCCUUUCAGACAGCAGCUUCACAACAUUACCCAGAUUGCAACGGGACAUCAUCUCUGCCUUACAGUCACAAACAGAGACAGUAGAAUCUGACUUCUAUUUGCAUCUACUGAGCACUGUGUAUUCUAAUGAUCUCAUCCUGCCUCCUGAUUGGUCAGUAAACUUCACUCACAAACUGUUGGUGUGUUCUUGUUUGAGACGUGUGAUUGGCUGGAACUCUAGUUGUGAUCAAACCAUAUAUUUACAGAUAUAAUAGAGUUUAAUAAAGUCACACUGACACGUUAUUCAUCACUAA